ACCGCCCGAGGGGGCGUGGCCGGCCGGGGGGGCGGCCCCUUCCCGCUAUUGGCCGCCCGCAGCCCCGGCUCCGCCUCCUUCCAGCGCGCGGCCACGCCCUUCCUGGCCACGCCCACGCGGGGGGGAGGGGCCGGGGGAGGGGGGUGGAGCCCCAGGACCCCGCCCAGCCCCUUCAUGAGAGGGGGCGUGGCCGGGGGGGCCUUCCCCCGCCUGGGAGGGGGCGGGGCCUGCCUGCACCGUUUCCACGGCAACCUGGGGGCGGGGCUGGGCUGCUCGGCCCGCCUGGGCGGGGGCGGGGCCUGCCUGCACCGUUUCCACGGCAACGCCGGCAUGGGCGUGGCCUCGGUGGCGGCGGCGGCCAAUCGGAUCAGCCCCUGCGGCCACCGCGGCUGCUGCUACCACGGCAGGGGCGGGGCCUCGCUGGGAGGGGGCGGGGCCGCCCCCCGGAGCCCCUCCCCCUUCGCCAUGACCCCCGCCAUGGCCGCCAGGAUGGCCCAGUACGGCCUGGGCUCCUCCCAGUACAACCUCGGCUCCUCCCAGUAUAACGUGGGCUCCUCCCAGUAUAACGUGGGCUCCUCCCAGUACGGCGCCGGCGCCUCCCAGUACGGCUCCAGCGCCUCCCAGUACGGCACCGGCGCCGCCCAGUACGGCACCGGCGCCUCCUCCUCCUCCUCCUCCUCCUCCUCCUCCUCCUCCCAGUAUAACACCACCUCCUCCCAGUUGGCGGCGGCGGGGGCCCAGUACCAGUACCAGCAGUACGCCCAGUUCGCCUCCCAGUACUCCCAGUACUCCCAGUACGGCUCCACCGACGGCUCCCAGUACGCGGGGGCGGGGACGGCGGGGGCGGGGUCGGAGGCCUCCCAGUACGCCCAGUACGCCGCCAGCGCCGCCCAGUACGCGGCCUCGGGGGCGGCGGCGGCGGCGGCCGCAGACCCCUCCCAGUACGCGGCGGCAACUGGGAACCAGUACGGGACUGGGGCGGGGGGAGGGGCCACCGCGGCCGCCUGGGGGGAGGGGGCGGGGACGGCCCAGGAGGGGGCGUGGACUGGGAGCGGGGGAGGGGUGAACUGGGGUAACUGGGUGUCCCCCACCCCCUGAACUGGGAGGGGGGGGUGGGUGGGGUCGGUGUGGGCGUGGCUUGGGGCGGAGGCCCCGCCCCCCCCUUUCAGGAUGGAGGCGGAGUCUCGUUGGUGUGGAGACGAUAUUCGGCCCCUCCCCCCUCCUUCCCGGCACGGGAUUGGCUGAGGAGCCUCUGUGGGGCCGUGGGGGGAGCUGAGCCCAGAGGGGCCCAGAUGUGUCCAGAUGUGGGGAGCAUCUGUGGGGGGACUUGAGCCCCACUUGGGGGUCAGAGCUGUGGGGCCCAGGGGGUGAGUUUUGGGGUCCUUGGGGGGGGGUCGGGGGGGCCUCUCUCUCCCCCCCCUUUGUUUGUUUGUUCCCGGUCUGGUGUCGAUGGUUGUGGGGCACAGACCCCACUUGGGGGGCUGGGAGAGAAUCUGUGGGGCUGG